AGUACUUACCUACCUAUAAGAAGGCGCCUGUAUGUUAGUAUGUUUCAUAAAUGUCGCAAAACUGCUGAAAAAAUAUCGUGUAUUAAUGAAUUUCUCAUAUUCUUAAAUGUUUUAAAAAGUAUACAUAUGUGGAUGUAGGUACUUACAAUUGUAAUCAAAAUCACAAAAUGUCAGGAUUGUGUAGCUUAAGAACAAAUUCGUGUUGUUGCUGUAUUUCGUUGAGAACUGGUACAAUUACCAUUGUCAUUUUGAAUUUGAUUGGAACUGUAGCAGUUAUUUUCAAUCAUCAAAAAUUUUCAAAAUAUGGUACAUCAUUUUUGGUUGGACAAAUUAUCUUUUUGAUAAUUGAGUUAGCUGCACUUUACGGAGUUUUCAAUAGAAAGCCAGAUUUCUUAAUUCCUCAUCUCGCUGUGACUGCUCUUUUCCUGCUAGGAUUUCUAUUGGUCAUCAUUGCCAGCAUCAUUUUUCUACCUUUUGCUUAUAAUGCUCUCAAAGAUAUGACUUAUGAAACGCCAGACGGAAAAAUGGAGCAUUUAAGUAAAACUAUGAUGGAUGCAUUUUAUUUCUUCUAUAUUCUCAUCGUUGUUUUUGCUAUAGUAUACGAAGCAAUCAGAUUUCAUUUUUUCAAAGUUGUUCUGGGUCAUUAUAGAGAAUUGAAAACAAUACUCUUGAGUAUUAAUCCACCACCAAUUGGCUUCGCUGUUUAAUUUUUUUUAGUUACUUAUCUACAUAUUAUUAUUUUUUUUAUUUUUGAUAAAGUUAAGUUGAUUAUAAAAAAAUACAACCGGUACCUUCUGUA